GGAGGAUGUGACUUUCUUUUUUUUUACUAAAAUGUGAUUUUUUUUAACGCAAUGCUGGCUCGGUAGCCAUCAAGAUAUGGCUAAAUUGCCCGAAAGAGGAUAUCGACAGUCGGGCUGCGACUAAUGCCUUUACCUCCCCAGCUUGCCUUGUACCCAAGGAGCAGAGGACAAGAUGCUGCUCAAGAUGCCCCAGAAGCUGCUGAAGACUGCCCACUACAUCGAGCUGGGCAGCUACCAGCACUGGCCAGUGCUGAUACCCCAGAGGAUAAGACUGUACACCUAUGAACAAAUCCCCCUCUUUCUCAAGGAAAAUCCCUACAUCACAGAUGGCUACAGGGCUCACCUGCCCUCCAAACUCUGCCUGAGGAGUAUUUUUAUUCUGUCCAAUGAGACAGUGAAUAUCUGGAGCCACCUUCUUGGUUUCCUGCUCUUCUUCUCUCUGGGGGUUAACGACCUCUCCUCAGUACUGCCAGCCUCUGGAGCGAACAGAGAGGACUACGUCAUCUAUGCUAUAGGACUGUUCUGCUUCCAGGUGUGCAUGUUGUGCUCUGUGGGGUAUCAUCUGUUCUCGUGCCACCGUUCAGAGAAGACUUGCCGCCGCUGGCUGGCAUUGGACUACGCAGGCAUCUCUGUUGGCAUCCUUGGCUGCUAUGUGCCUGGGAUCUUCUACGCUUUCUACUGUAAUGCUUUUUGGCGACAGGUCUACCUGCUGACAGUCCUGUCGCUCAUCCUGGCCGUCUUCUGUGCUCAGGUCCACCCUCAUUACCUCAGCAACGACUGGCGACGGAUACGGAUGACGAUCUUCUGCUGUGUGGCUGGCAUCAGUGUGGUCCCUGCGUGCCACUGGGUCUGGCUCAAUGGAGGGUUCACCUCCGAUGUUGUACAGCUGUUCCUGCCUCGUGUGUUGGUGAUGUACCUGAUAGCUGGAUCUGCCUUCCUGUUCUACGUCACCAAGAUCCCUGAACGCUAUUUCCCUGGCCAGCUGAACUACCUAGGCGCCAGCCACCAGGUGUGGCACAUACUGGUGGUGGUGAUGUUUUACUGGUGGCAUCAGACAGCUGUGCACAUCAUGCAGUUCAGACACAGCCAGGCCUGCCCCACCCGGACCAUCAGCAGCUAAGUUAGACUCAUCAAAUAAUGUGACGGGAAGGCAAUCAGUUGCAGGCCAAAUAAUUGACAGUAGAUAUCAGUUACACUCACUACGUUUCUAUUUAAACACUUCUUGCCAGUUAGUAGCCAGGAGAGGUUGCCACCCAAAGGUUUUUCAACUACUAACCACCAGCAGCUCCUAACUGUUAGCUGCUCAGGUGUAAAAGUGAGAGUCCAAUCGUAGCUAUUAGCUUUCACUGAGCCAUCGGUUGCUGUCUGGCUGCUGGUACCCUGGCCAGCUGUUAAAGGCCAGUAUCUUCUCUAAAGCUGCUUUCACACAUACAGUUUAGUGGGGCCAUGUGUGAAAGAGGUUUAAUUCUACUGUCUCUAACAGUAGGUAUUAGUUAAGAGUAUUUAGGAGCAACUGAAAAGCUUAAAUUCUCUUAACAAAAGCUAAAUUGAUGUCAAAAUUAGUGUACCCGCACCCCACUGAUCCCCCUGAUGGCCAUCACAUAAUCAUUAAGAUCAAUGCAUCAAACAGGAAUCUCUGUUAAAUUGUAGAAACAGACUAAGGUUUCUUGUUUUUAAUCAGUGAUCAUGUUAUAUCAUGGCUGGUUUAGAUUGUGAUUUUGUCCUUGUACAGAAGUAUUGAGUGCUGUCUAUACAGAUUCUUCUACAGAUCAACCAAAAUAGCCUGUGUGAACAAUGAGUUUUGCAUCUAAUUUUGUUUUAUGUAUCAGUUCCUACAAGAUUAGUUUGUAGGAAAUGUCUUGAUGAAAGCACAGAGGAAAAAAAAAGAAGAAGCAUGACAAAUGGAAAACUGAAUUGUCUGUGUCUGGGACAAACAAUGUCUCAGCACCUCCAGUAUUUUUAGCUUUUGAACAAAUAGUAAAAGGUCAGUCAAUGAUCAAACUGCAGUACGUAAGGUGCAGAACUGAAAAGAAAAAAUGGUGGGAAUUUCUAUUUAGGCCAUAGGGCAUUGUUUUCUUAGCACUGCUUGAUUUGUGUCUCUUCUUCUUUUGUAUGUACUGUAAGUCUUUGGAACAAAUAAGGUGUCAGUUUUUGAAAAAAAAGCAUUAAUAUCACUUUACAGUGGCUGAAGUCAGUAGGUGGUGGGCUGCACAUGGAAUGUACUUCUAGCCUGUAGAAAACCCUGAUUCAAAAAAAGUUGAGCGUGUGUAAAACAUAAAUAAAACACAAUCAUUUGCUAAUCCUUUUUGACAAAUAUUCAAUUAAAAUCAAUACAAAGACAAUAUAUUUAAUGUUUUUCCUCAUCA